CGCCCCCCGCGCUUCGCGGGCGCGGCGGCCCCGGCGCGGCUGUUAUGGAAACGGGCCGGGCGCGCAGGCGGCGAUGAUGGGGCGGCCAUGGCCCGGGCCGGCAGCUCCAGCGGCGACGCGGCGGCGGGGCGGCGGGCCGGGGGCGCCGGGCGGCCGGAGCCGUGGGAGCUGUCCCUGGAGGAGGUGCUGAAGGCGUACGAGCAGCCCAUCAACGAGGAGCAGGCGUGGGCCGUGUGCUUCCAGUGCUGCCGCGGGCUGCGGGGUGCGCCGGGCGGCCGGCGGCGCAUCCGGGACACGGCGGACAUCCUCCUGCGCAGGGACGGCUCGGUCGGCGCGCGGCGGGAGCCCGGCGCGGCUGGGCCCACAACGAUGGUGUUGCCAGCCAACUCGGAAGCCCAGGUGGUGCAGUCGCUGGGCUUCGCCAUCUACCGCGCGCUGGACUGGGGGCUGGCCGACCACGAGGAGCGCGAGCUCAGCCCGCAGCUGGAGCGGCUCAUCGACCUCAUGGCCAACAGCGACCGCGACGACGACGGCGGCGGCGGGGCGGCCGACGAGGGCUACGGGGGCCCGGAGGAGGAGGAGGAGGCCGAGGGCGGCCCCCGCGCCGUGCGCACCUUGGCGCAGGCCAUGCGCCUGUGCGCCGCGCGCCUGACCGAGCCCCGCGGCGCGCAGACCCACUACCAGGCCGUGUGCCGCGCGCUCUUCGUGGAGACGCUGGAGCUGCGCGCCUUCCUCGCCAGGGUCCGGGAGGCCAAGGAGCGGGUGGAAAUCCUCUGCGCGAAGCUUCCUGUGCGGGGCUGUCUUGAACGCUUGAUGCUGCAGAAGUUCCGGGAGGAGGAGCCACAGUCAGAGAAGCCCGUGGUGGAGCUUGACAGCCUGGGGCGCACAGACUGGGCCCGCCUCUGGGUCCAGCUCAUGCGGGAGCUCCGCCACGGGGUGAAGCUGAAGAAGGUGCAGGAGCAGGAGUUCAACCCCCUGCCUACGGAGUUCCAGCUCACCCCCUUCGAGAUGCUGAUGCAGGACAUCCGCGCCAGAAACUACAAGCUGCGCAAGGUCAUGGUCGACGGGGACAUCCCUCCCAGGGUGAGGAAGGACGCCCACGAACUCAUCCUGGACUUCAUCCGCUCCCGGCCUCCGCUGAAGCAGGUCUCAGAGAGGAGGCUUCGCCCCUUACCCCAGAAGCAGAGAACCCUGCACGAGAAGAUCCUGGAGGAGAUCAAGCAGGAACACAGGCUGCGCCCCGUGGAGGGCAGGCGCGGGGAGGGGCGGGGUGAGCGGGGUGCGCUGGGACGCCCUUCCCCUGCCUCUAGACCCCCCGCCCCCUGUCCCGUCCUGCCUCACCUCCUGCCUCCCCCAGGGUUCGGCUCUCUGCCGUGCAUUCUCAAUGCCUGCUCUGGGGAUGUCAAGUCCACUUCCUGUAUCAACCUGUCCGUCACGGAGGCCAGGAGCCACGCCCAGCGCCCGCGGCCCCGGGUCCUGCUCAAGGCGCCCACGUUGGCUGAGAUGGAGGAGAUGAACACAUCCGAGGAGGAAGAGUCGCCCUGCGGGGAGGUGGCGCUGAAGCGAGACCGCUCAUUCUCGGAGCACGACCUGGCCCAGCUCCGGAGCGAGGGGGCCUCUGGCCUGCAGCCAGCCACUCCGCCCCCCGGAGGCCUGGCACCGUCGCGGCCGCGUGCGGGCAGCGUGCAGUCCCGGAGGCCGAGCGCCCAGGAGCCGGGUUCCUUCCCUGCCAGCAUCCAGUCCCAGCCUGAUCCCCGCUCCCCGCCAUGCAGUGACCUGGACUCGGUCAAGGACAGGCCGGGGGCCUCCGCGGCCGCAGACUCCAGUCACCUGUGGCUGUUUCUGUGGGUCCAGAACCCAGAAGUGGCUCAGCCGGGUGGCCCUGGCUCGGCCCCGAGGGAGGCUGCAGCUGCCGUGUCGGCCAGGCUCCUGUCUCUCCUGAUGGCUCCACCUGCCUCCAAGGAGGCUCCUCCCUGACCUGUGGGCAGGAGGCCUCAGUUCCUCCACGUGGCCUCCCCCCGGGGCUGCCUGAGCGCCCUCACAACGUGCCCCCCCCACCCCCGCCCCCGGGUGAGCCAUCUGAGAGCCAGGAGGGAGCCGGUGUCUUCAGGACCCCGUCUCAGAGGUGACACACUGUCGUUUCCACCUUAUGCAUUCAAUACAAGUGAGUCCCUAAGUCCUGCUCAGGGGACCACUUCUUGAAAGGAGGGAUGUCAUGGAACCAGGGGGCGUGUUUGAAUGGCAAGUCCCGUAAGGGUCUCUUUCCCGAGAGGCGCGGCUGGCAGACCCUGGAGCCUGAGUGACCUUGCCUCUGCCUUGAGCACGUGCUCUGCACCACCUGACGCGCACCCAACUUGACAUCUUGGCAACGUGUGCAGUUAGGGAAACGUGUGUAAGGGAUGGAGGGGAGUUGUUCAAAUAGGAACAGCACCACCAGGCUGUUGGGGACAGAAAUCAGAGGCCAGAGGACCAGGCUUCAGGUCUGAGGAGAACACAGGGCCCCAGACUCACCCAGUGCCAGGCAGCACCUGCCGGACAACAAGCCUGAGUGGGCAAUCGUGAAGGCCUGAUCCACAGACACGCGCCCGCUCCCACCAGCCUCGGGUGCCGCCUGUGCUGCCUCGUCUUGGCAGCUAACGUUUCAAUUUCAGGUGCCAGGCGUUGCAUCCUCUUCGUGGAGCUGAAAUGCCCCCCUUUGUAGAAGAGGAAUGGAUGCUUUGAGAGGUUGAAUUCUGUGCCAGAACACAGCACUGUUUCCCUGGGGGGCAGGGCAGGCUGUACUCACCACCACUGCCCAAAGGGCCAGGCGGUUAUGGCAAGGUGGACAGGGGCACCCAACAGACUGCCCGUGGGCGGCUGGCACUGGAAGGGGGGGGGGGCAAGGAGAGGGCGCAGUGGGGGCAGGGUUCCAGGAGGAGGGGCAGUGGCCUGGGGACUUUGGUUGGCUUUGAUUGGCCUGGUACGUUUGCAGGUAGGGAACAAGCUGUGGAGGCAGAUGGUUCAGGUCUGAGAGCACCGUGGACAAAGGUGGGAUGGACUGAAGGGUUAUGUGUGCAGUGAGGUUGUUGAGGGGCUGGGGGCUGGCCAGAUGGGUGGACAGGGCCAGGUCAGAGAACCCUUGCUUGUAGCAGUGGACAGAGAAGUCCCAGGGAGCAGCACGGCUCCCCAGCGUGGAUGAGCUGAGGAGAGGGCACUUUAGGGAGCUGCUGGGUUUGGUGGACUGAGGUCAAGAAGGUGCCAGGGUCCUGGGGAAGAGGGGAACUUGUGGAGACUCCCUGAGAGCCUGCGAGCAGCCCCUCGGGCCUCCUGCCUCAGGAGUUCAGCCACCCCGUGGAGAGCCUGGCUCUGACGGUGGAGGAAGUGA